AUACUCGGCAAUCAUGGCGCCUCCGCCGGGCACUCAGGAUGAGCUAGCUCUGGUGGAGCGGGUGUUCCUGCGCAUUGGAUCAGCCGAAAGUGAUGAGCAACUGGAAAAUGCUCUUUCAAAGUUCCUGCCACCAGUACUGCUCAAACUGUCCAGCACACAGGAAGGAGUUAGGAAAAAGGUGAUGGAGCUGCUGGUUCACGUGAACAAACGGCUGAAGAGCCGUCCGGCCGUCAAGCUACCCGUGGACACACUGCUGUUGCAGUACCAGGACCCUGCUGCCACCAGCUUCCUCAAGAAUUUUACAGUGAUUUACCUGAAGAUGGGCUUCCCUCGACUGGACCUGGCCAAGCAGGCGGAGCUGGCGAUCUCAAUGCUCAUUAGUCUGGAGGACAGCCCACAGUCUCAUCAAGACCCGCUGCUGUCCAUGGUGGCGGACGUGCUGGCAAGGCUGCUGUCCCUGGUGGCGUGCCUGCUGGGCACGGUGGUGCCCGUGACUGCUCCGGUGACCCCCUCCCCCGCCCGCAGGCUGCUGUCCCUGGUGGCGUGCCUGCUGGGCACGGUGGUGCCCGUGGCCGCUCCGGCUGCUGUCACUGGUGGCGUGCCUGCUGGGCUGCUGUCCCUGGUGGCGGACGUGCUGGGCACGGCAGACUUUAGCGGCGAGCGAGCGCGCGCCGACAUCGCCGCCCUCAGGGAAAAGCCGGCCGUGCUCGAUCUGCUGCUGGACUUCAUGCUGGACUUGCUGCUGCUGCCUUACGGGUAUCCGCCUCCGGCCGACCGACUGGAGCGGCUCAAGGCCGGCCUGGUGCGCUUCCUGGCGCAGGGCCUGCUGCCGGCGGCGCGUGUGGCUCCCCAUCUGCUGGUCGCCAUGGCCGACACCCGCUUCACCGUCGCCAACCUAGCCGAUAUGGAGCUCAAGCGGCUCAGUGACCUGGACUGGGAAGAGCCGGCGCUGAUCGCCAAGCUGUGCGACAUCUACCUGGGCACGCUGGUGCCCAAGGACAAGCCGAGCCAGGCGCCCAAGCAGGAGCUGCGCCGCCAGCCGGUCAGCACGCGCAUACGCCUCAAGCUGCUGCCGUACCUGACCCGCUCCCGCACGGCCGCCACCAUGUUCCCGCAGUCGGUCCAGGUGAUGUUUGACAGCUUCUACGGCACCAACACCAAUCCCAAGUUGAAGCUGCUGGCUCUGCAGCUCACCAAUCAAAUAAUUCAACACUCGACGGAGGCGCGGCUGUCGCAGCUGGGCGCCAUGAUCCUGGGCGUACUGCACAGCGUGCUGGUGGAGGAGCGCACCGACGCCCGGCUCCGCUCGGCUGCCUACACCGCUGUCGGCCAGCUCGGCCAGAAGCUGCCGGCCGUCAUCACGCGCGACCUUAGCGUCAUCAAGGUCUUCUUCGACGCCAUCGAGCAGGAGGAGUCAGAGACGGGCCAGUUCGUGCAAGACACGCUGCAGCUGCUGGCGCCGUCGCUGCGCCAGCUGGACGAGGCGCAGCAGACGGUGAUGGAGGCGCUGCUGACCUCGUGUCUGGAGCGCGAGAGCGUGCGCGUCCGCCAGGUGGCCGUGCAGUACUGGGCGGUGGUGUUCCCCGAGCGGCACGCCGGCUCCCGACUGCAGCUGCUGCUGGCCACCGCCGACAGCAAGGAAGAGGUUGCCGCAGAAGCGCUGAAACAUCUCAAAAUUCUGGAGAAGGAUGUGCAGGAUAGCUCGAAGGCCCGUGAGUUCCCAGACUUCGCGGAGAUGGUCAACUGCGUGACCAAGAAGGCUGGCGAGCGGGAAGCCAAGAAGCUGGUGACAACCUUAGGCAACAGCACCUUACCGUUUCCUCCGAAAGCCUUCGCGAUGAUGAUCCGCUACCUGAGCCUGUGCCUGCAACACCAGGCGUCGCCGGCCGGGCCGGUGACGCUGGAGCUGGCGCGCGGCCGCGCCGCCGGCCUGUCGGUGGCGCUGCAGGCGCCGCCGCUCUCCGGCCCGGUGCAGGCGUACCUGCGGCUGACGCUGGUCUCGUACCCACGCGAGCCCGUUCGCUUGUACGCCGCCGAGCUGUACGGCGUGGUGGCCGCCGCCAGCCUGGACGACCAGCCGUUCGCUGACGCCCUCCGACACAUGCAUCAGCUGGCCGUCAGCAAGGGACCGCUGCCGGUGCGCGCUGGCCCGGCCGACCAGAAGGCGCCGCCCUCCCGACACUACGUCAUCACGCGCCUCCUGAAGACGGCCACCAACAAGGAGCUCGCUUCAAAGACGCGCGAGCGGGCCAUCGUGGCGUGCGGCGGGGUGUGCGUUGGUGACCCGACGCUGGCCUUCCGGCGCGACAUCGUGCAGCACUUCCUCUCCGUCUCCAGUGAGCUGGACGAGCUGGAGCUGCAGAUGGCCGUGGGCGAGGCGAUGGUGUGUGCCGUGCUGGGCCCUCUGUCAGCCGAGGCGCGCGACCCGUGGCUGGCGGCGGCCGACGACGGCGCCGCGCCGCCGCCCGCCGCCCAGUCCUAUCAGCCAGACGAGCUGCUCACCUGGCUGCUGCGACAGCUGUUGGAGAACCAGCUGACCCAGACCCACCCGAGGGUGCGCCAGUCGGCCGGCGUCUGGCUGCUGGCGCUGGUCAAACACUGCCAGCGCCAGCAGCCGCUCAGGGACAACCUGGCCGUCAUCCAGAACGCCUUCAUGGAGCUGCUGGCUUCGGGCAACGACCUGGUACAGGAGGCGGCCUCUAAGGGACUGGCGCUGGUGUACGACUCUGGCGACGAGCGGCAGCGCGCGCUGCUGGUGGACGGCCUGGUGGGCGCGCUGACCGGCACCGCCGGCCGGCCCAGCACGCAGAAGGUCACCGGCGACACGCGCCUCUUCGGGCAGGGCGAGCUGGGCAAGGACCCGUCCGGCGGCCAGCUCUCCACGUACAAGGAGCUGUGCUCGCUGGCGUCGGACCUCAACCAGCCCGACCUCAUAUACAAGUUCAUGACGCUGGUGAACCACAACGCCGCCUGGAAUUCGCGGCGCGGCGCCGCCUUCGGCUUCUCGACGAUCGCGUCUCGGGCUGGCGAGGCGCUGACGCCCCACCUGGGCAACAUCGUGCCCAAGCUGUACCGGUACCAGUUCGACCCGAAGCCGCAGGUGCAGCAGACGAUGCGCGCCAUCUGGGCCUCCAUCGUGCCCGACACGAGCAAGACGAUGCAACAGUACCUGCCGCAGAUCAUGGACGAGGUGCUGGCCCGCCUGACGGACAAUCUGUGGCGCGUGCGCGAGUCGUGCUGCGCCGCGCUGGCCGAGCUGCUGUGCGGCGGCGGCGGCAGCGCCUUGGAGCCGGUGCUGCACCGGCUGCCCGAGAUGUGGAGCACGCUGUUCCGCGUGCGCGACGACAUCAAGGAGUCGGUCCGGCUGGCCGCCCAUAAGACGCUGGAGGUGCUCAGCAGGGUGAGCGUGCGGCUGUGCGAGCAGCAGGACGCACCGAAGCUGAGCCAGCGCGCCAUGGCGCUGGUGCUGCCGGCGCUGCUAGAGACGGGCCUCGCCUCUACCGUGUCUGAGGUCCGCAGCGUCAGCCUGUCGACGGUGAUGAAGCUGGCGCGGACGGCCGGGCCGCAGCUGCGUCCCCACCUGCGCCUGCUGGUGCCCGCCCUGCUGGAGGCGCUCUCGACGCUCGAGUCCAGCGCCGUGCGCCAGGUCAGCGUGGCGUUCGGCCAGCAGGCGGACACCCAGGAGGUGAUCGACCGCGGCCGACUCGGCAUCACCAAAGACUCGGCCAUGUUCAGGACGCUGACGCAGUGCAUCCAGUACGUGGACGCGGCGGAGGCGGCCGAGAUCGUGCCGCGUCUCUCGGAGCUGAUGAAGCGCAACACCGGCCUCGGCACCAAGUGCGGCGUGGCGCUGUUCGCCGCUCGACUCGCCACGGAGCGGCCGCUCGUGCUCCAGCAGACGGCCGGCAAGGUGCUGUCGGCGCUGGUACACGGCAUGCAAGACCGUAACGUGACGGUGCGUCGCUGCUGCGCCGCCGCCUGCGGCAACGUCUGCCGCGCCGCCCGCACCUCCUCCGUGGAGAAGCUGAUCACCAAACUGCGCGCCUGGUACAUGGACGGGGAAGACGAGACGCUGAGGCCGGUGUGCGCGGCGGCGCUGCAGUCACUCAGCCAGCACAGCCCCAGCCAGCUGAAAGAGCACGCCGCCGACGCCGCCAGCCUCGCUUUCUUCGCCAUGCACCGCGAGAAGACGCCCGAGACCGAGUCGGAGGUGGCCCAGUGGGAGGAGGUGUGGGAGGAGCUGGCGCCCGGCACCGAGGGCGGGCUGCGCCUCUACCUGGCAGAGAUCGUGGCGCUGUGUCGCGCCGCGCUGGCCGGCCAGUCGUGGCCGUUCAAGGCGCAGGCGGCGGCAGCGCUGGGCGCAGCGGCCGCCCGCCUCUCGGCCGGCCUGCCCGCCGAUCAACUGCUGGCCGUGCUGGACGCGCUGCUGGCCGGCCUGCCUAGCCGCACCUGGGACGGCAAGCAGGCGCUGCUGGGCGCGCUGGCCGACGUGUGCCAGAACUGCGCGGCCGGCGUGGCACAGCCCGAGCCGUUGGCCGACGCCGUGCUGCGCGAGGCCGCCCGCGAGCGGCCCGACUACAAGGCGCACGCGCUGGCGGCGGCCGGCCGUGUGCUGCGCGACCUCAGCCUGGACCGGUUCGGGCAACUCUGGGAGCUGGCAGCGCCGUACGUCGAGGGAUCGCAGGCGGGCUCGCCGCGGCCCAGCGGCAGCGGCGGUGACGAGGAGCCGGCUGACAGCGCGGCGCGGCUCCGCCUGCAGGAGGCCGCCUACACGGCGCUCGGCCGCGCCUGGCCCGCUGCGCGGCACACGCAGGAGACGCACUGGGAGCGGUACGUGGGCGCGCUGGCCGCGGCCAUGCCGCGCUCCACGCGUGCCCACCAGCUGGCGAUCGUGACGUCGCUGCGGCCGGUGACGUCACGACUGUGGCUGUUGCACGAGCCGUCGGUGGAGCGGGACCAGCCGCGGCUGACGGAGGCCGUCAACCAGCUGGGCGUGAUUUUGGCGCUUGCGCUGGAGAUGCCGAAGUAUCCAAGCUUGCGUCGGGAAGCAUUGGCUGUGACUCAGGCUGUGCUCAGCGCCCUCCGUGACCUGAAGGAGAAGCUCAACUUCCCAGUGUUGGCGCCGGUCGGCGCCCUGAGCGUGCGUCUGACGCCGGCACUGGAAGCAGCCCGCGCAGACGCGGGCCAUGACAUCCAGGCGUCGGCGGCCGAGGCGACCCGCCUGCUGACCCAGCUGGGUCAGUGACCGACCCGCCCUUGGCCUGGCGAGGUCAGCGGCAGACCCGCCCGCUGACUCAGUGGGGUCGCUGACUGGCCUGCCCCUGGCCCGGCGAGGUCAGCGACCGACCCGCCUGCUGACCCAGUGGGGGUCGCUGGCUGGCCUGCCCAGUCCGCUGUCGCCCCACGUCGCCAGCGCCUUCCGCGCUGUACCGGAGUGGGCGGAGCGGAGCGCCCUUGGCCGGCCGGCUGGAGGCGGUGCGAGGCUGACCGCAUUCUGACAUUGUAGGUCAGCGGUGUUGUACGUCAACUGGGCAGGUGUCUAGUUAUUGAGCGCUGGCGUGGGGCGGCAAGUGCCGGAAAAGACUGCUGUUGUUCGUGUUGUGACAUUUGCAUGGAUUGAAGUGCAUCUGUGGAAGCUGGAUUAAUAAAUGGAUUAA